UACGAUGCUCUCUCGUAUUGCUGGGGAGGCAGCACCGCUACUUGUCAUCUUCAAUGCAAUGGAAAGGAUCUACGCAUCAUGCAAAACCUUCAACAGGCUCUUCUAAAUCUCCGACGCAGUGAUUCGACAUUGCGGUGGCUUUGGGUCGAUGCAAUCUGCAUCAACCAAGCAGACGACGACGAGAAGGCCAUGCAGAUUCCAAAUAUGAUGUACAUCUACCAACAAGCCUCGCACGUUAUUGCUUGGCUGGGAACGGACGUGCAUCAUCUCCGUGUUCUCCAA